UCGUGGGUCACAGCAUGGAGGUUGUAAUUAUAAAAUUAUUGUCAUGGUACAAUGCUGAUUUCAUGCCUAUCAGCUAAGAGUUCAUACGUUCCCCAGCUGCUCUUGUUAUUCUCUAAUUAUAUUUGUGCCACAUUUGGGGCUUUUAUCACAAACUGAUUUUUACUGUCUGAUCAUCAGGCCCAAUCCCCGAAUAGAAACUAGCCAAGCCCUCUCUAAAGAAAGGAAAAUGAAAUAGAACACCAAAAGCCGACUAGAGCAACCUAGCAUGUUCUUGACAGCGUGCCUCCUUGCCCAAAACAGUAGUGGACGCCCGUCUGAAACCAAAUAGGCUGGUGGUUUGAUACCAAGUAAGAUACAUUUUACAUCUCUAGCUACUGCAGUUAGGUACCUAGCUAGAUUGUUUAUGAUCUGUUAAGCAAACCGAUUUUUCGUUUGACGAUUUGGGGACUACAAUAGAUAGCUACACCUUGCUAGCUAGAAAGCUAUCAAGAUUGAUUGGUUCACUCACUCACUGCAAAACGAAGAUGCCACAGAAGCGUCGUUCUCAGUCUUGGGCAGAGUUGAAACAAACUGGAAACGAAUGCUUUAAAACUGGACAGUAUGGGGAGGCUGUCUCUCUUUACAGCCAGGCUAUUAAAGAAGUGGAGAAGUCAGGAAAGAAGAAUCCAGAGGAUCUUAGUAUACUGUAUUCAAACCGUGCAGCCAGCUAUCUGAAGGAUGGAAAUUGUGGGGAGUGUGUGAAGGACUGCACUGUAUCUCUUGACCUGGUUCCGUUUGGCAUCAAGCCUCUCCUUCGUCGCGCUGCAGCGUAUGAAGCACUGGAGAGGUACAGAUUAGCCUACGUGGACUACAAGACGGUCCUGCAGAUAGACUGUAACAUACCUGCAGCCCAUGAGGGUACCAACAGAAUGACAAAGUGUCUGACAGAGGUGGAUGGACUCUCAUGGCGAGAUAAGCUCCCACCUAUUCCAACUGUUCCAAUGGCCGUCAAAGAAAAAUUGUCUCAGGCAUCAAACCAUCACACGACAGAACACAAUGGCACACAAGGGAAAAAUAAAUCUGCCCUUGGAGAGACUGACAUUAAAAAAGCCCUAUCACUGAAAGAGGAAGGCAAUGGCCUGGUGAAAAAGAGAGAGUACAAGAAAGCCAUUGAGAAAUACACUCAGAGCCUCAAACACAAUUCCUCAGAAAUCACAACCUACACAAAUAGGGCGCUCUGCUACCUCGCUGAAAAGAUGUACAAGGAGGCAGUGAAAGACUGUGAAGAAGCGUUGCAGCUAGACAACGUAAAUGUCAAGGCACUGUACAGACGAGCUCAGGCACACAAAGAGUUAAAAAACUACAAAGCUUGUGUUGAAGAUCUAAACAACUUGCUGAAAGUUGAGCCAAAGAACACAGCUGCACAGAAAUUGCUGCUUGAAGUGCAAAGGAAGUGAGCUUGUGAUUCGAGUGGAUGUGAAGGACCCUACCAUGCUGACCAGGUGCACACGUCUGAAGUGCCUGUAUUCACUCACUGAAGCAAUUUUCUAAUCUAUUUCCUGGCCUGUUUAACUUACUCCCACCCAAGAUGGAGUAUUGCUGUGACUACUACAAGGAAGCACAGUCAAUGCAGCACAUUGUUACACCUGGAUUUAUUCCAAAAGCAUGUUGUAGGCAUACAGCUCUUCAAGGCAAUUUCCAAUUGAGUCAUUAACUGUAAUGUCAACAUAAGUUGCUUUUGUAACAUUGCAAUUUAUAUAACUGGCUUCUGGGUUGCAUCCAUGCCUUAAGCCUUCAUGUAAACAUGCAAUUGAUGCAUUAAUUUAAAUGAUAGUGCUCAACCAUUCUUCCACAAGGAUUAUGCAUUUGUACUGUAUCAUGUUUCAUUAGUGUCAUGUCAUUACUUAUGUGGUUAAAUGGAUAGGUCACCCAAAUUAAGAAAUUAAAUGUUGCUUUCUUUACAUGGACAUGGUAUUACAAGAAUCAAUGCAUGGACAGUAUUUGAAGAAUAGAGGCCAAUCAGUGCAUUGGCACUGUUUCAAAUUCAAAUAUGCAAAUCCAAUGCAAGUUCAUGGUAGUUAUUUGAGCAUUUCUGCAAAUAACGUUAUUCACUUAAAUCUUUUUUACAUUUCUCUUUCAAAAAUAGGUGAAUACAAAUAAGUAACACAUCAUACACCUGAAAAUAAAUGACCAGGUGUGAGAAAAAAAUAUCAAACGAAAUAAAAUGCUUACAAAUGUUAUGAUUUAAUAGAAAACAGCAACUUUUCAGUCAAAUACCAUCACACAUAAAAAAACAUGGUGAACAGCAGGUGUUAAUAUAGGAUCAAUUGGCCAAUCAAAAUGAAAACAAUCAUGACAUCAUAAUUGUAAACACAAAAAUAGGUGCUUAACAUUAUCGAUAAUAUCUCCAUGGGUGAACAACUCUGUAAAGAUGUGGUUAUUUUUUAAUAAAUAUCUACAACAUUAAAUAUU